AUGACUCAAAACUAUCAGCACAUCCUAGCCUUGGUAUUUGCUAUAAAGGAAGUCAGUGAGAAUCCCCACAUCUUACCCAAUGUCACCCUCGGAUUCCAUAUCUAUGAUAGCUAUUCAAAAGCAAAGUGGACCUAUCAAGCCAUGUUGCAACUUACUUCCACAAAGAACAGAUUUACCCCCAACUACAAGUGUGACAUUCAGGAUAAUCUCAUUGCAAUCACAGGUGGACUUCGUUCUGAAACAUCUUAUCAUAUAGCAAACAUUGUGAGCCUGUACAAGAUCCCUCAGCUCUUGUAUGGAUUUACACCAGAGCAGAAUGAUAAAAUGCAAGUUCUUUUCUCCUACCGGAUGUUUCCAAAUGAAGCCCUUCAGUACAGGGGCAUUCUCCAGUUACUUCUCCAUUUCAAGUGGACAUGGAUUGGUUUCAUUGCUGAUAACAGUGAGAACGGAGAAAGAUUUCUGCAGAGGAUGCUUCCAGAUUUUUCCCAGAAUGGCCUCUGUUUUGCCUUCACAGGAGCAUACCCCAAUUUAGGUUUCGAUGAUAAUAUUGGAGUCACAUGGGAGUGGAUGGUGGAAAUGUAUAAUAAAGUCAUGAACAGUAGAGCUAAUGCAAUCAUCUUCUAUGGAGAAGCUGAUUCUAUGAUAAAUUUCAGGUGGUUGCUGCAUGUGCCAGAUGUUGAAGAUGAAAUAGCAAAGCCCAAAGGUAAAGUGUGGAUUCUGACAGCCCAGAUGGACUUCAUGUCACUUCCCUAUCAAUAUACUUGGGAUAUUCAAGUCAUCCAUGGUGCUAUAUCCUUUGCAAUUCACUCCAGCGAGCUCCCUGGAUUCCAGCAGUUUCUUCAUAGCAGAAAUCCUUCUAGCAUAAAAGAAGAUAGUUUUAUCAGGGCCUUCUGGGCAAAGGCAUUUGACUGUGUAUUCUCAAACUCUGUCUCAGAUGAGGCUGAAGAGAAGAUGUGCACUGGAGAAGAGAGGCUGGAGCACCUUCCAAGACACAUUUUUGAAACAAGCAUGACUGGCCACAGCUACAAUAUCUAUAAUGCUGUGCAAGUUGUGGCCCAUGCUUUACAUGCUAUGUAUUCCUCUGGAUUGAGAAGUACAACAAUGAUACCAGAAAAAAAGAAGCUUCAGAAGGAGCAGCCCUGGCAGCUCCAUCACUUUCUGAGAGGUGUCUCAUUUAACAACAGCGUUGGGGACAAGGUUUCCUUUGACCACAAUGGGGAUUUAGAAGCAGGAUUUGAUGUUAUCAACUGGGUCACAUUCCCAAACCAAUCUUUUGUUAGAGUGAAAGUUGGUAAGAUGGAUCCCCAGGCUCCUCCUUAUCAUGAGCUUACUGUUAAUGAGGAUGCUAUCGUAUGGCACAGCAGGUUUAAUCAGGCACAACCCCUUUCUGUAUGUAGUGACAAGUGCCAUCUUGGUUACAGCAAGCAAAUGAAAGAGGGGGAGCCAUUCUGCUGCUAUAAUUGCAUUCAGUGUCCAAAGGGGAAGAUAUCUGAACAGGAAGAUAUGGCUGACUGCUAUAAGUGCUCAGAUGACCGAUAUCCAAACAAGGACCAAAAUGUAUGCAUCCCCAAAACAGUGACCUUCUUGUCCUAUGAUGAACCUUUGGGGAUGAGCUUAGCUAUUGUUGCUCUUUCCUUUGGUGUCAUCACAGCCCUGGUGCUGGGAACCUUUGUGAGGCACCACGACACUCCCAUAGUCAGAGCCAACAACAGGAGUCUCACUUAUACUCUUCUCAUCUCCCUCCUGCACUGCUUCCUUUCUGCACUGCUAUUCAUCGGCUACCCUGAUAAGAUAACCUGUCUCUUCCGUCAAACUAUUUUUGGUAUUAUCUUCUCAGUGGCUCUUUCUUCUGUAUUAGCAAAAACUAUCACAGUGGUUUUGGCCUUCAUGGCCACUAAGCCUGGAAGCAGGAUGAGGAAGUGGGUGGGGAAAAGCCUGUCCAUUUCAAUUGUUCUUCCCUGCUGUUUUAUUCAAGUAGGUAUUUGUGUCAUUUGGAUAGUAAACUUCCCCCCAUUCCCAGAUACUGACAUGCAUUCAAUGACUGAAGAAGUUGUAUUAGAAUGUAAUGAAGCAUCUCCUAUCAUGUUUUACUGUGUCUUGAGCUACAUGGGUUUCCUGGCAAUUGCCAGCUUUACUGUGGCUUUCUUUGCCAGAAAGCUACCUGAUAGUUUUAAUGAAGCCAAGUUUAUCACAUUCAGCAUGCUGGUCUUUUGCAGUGUUUGGCUAUCCUUUGUUCCAAGCUACUUGAACACCAAAGGGAAAUACAUGGUAGCUGUAGAGAUCUUCUCCAUUUUAACCUCCAGUGCUGGGGUGCUGGGUUGUAUUUGUGUCCCCAAAUGCUUCAUUAUUAUGCUCAGGCCUAAGAUGAACAACAGAGAGUUGUUGAAAAGGAGAAACUGUUGA